AUGGCGGCCAGCGCCGCCCCGCUGCUACUGCUGGGCCCGGCCGCCUCAGGCCGCUCGGCGCUGCUCUUCCGCGCAGCCCUGGCCGCCGCCUCCUCGUCCCCGGACCGCGUCCUCUUCCUGGCCCCGCGGCCCUUCCAGCGACUGCCCGGCGGGGGAGAAGCAGGGGCGGCCCCCGGAGCCCUCCAGGUGCGGCGCGGCCUUUCCCUUCGAGGUUGCCACCUCCAGAGAAUCCAGUUCUUGUACCCAACCUCCCUCCAGGAGCUGCUUCAGCUGUUGGCCUCUUUGCAUGACAUCUUGCCCAGCAGCCCUUCUCUGAUGGUACUGGAUAGUCUGGAGGAAUACUUGGGCAGUUGCCCUGGCCCUCACGUGGCAGCUCAACUUGCAGCCUUGCUGCUGGACACAGCUCACCACUUCGGCCAGAAGCGGAGCUUGGAGCGUGCCGGCUGCCAGCUCAUAGUUUCCAUGAAGUUCCCAGGGGAAGCUGGAGACGGAGCAGAACAGCUCUCAGCAAUUCAGCGCUACUUCCAGGCCCAGUGCUGGCUGCAGCUGGAGACACAAGAGAACAGGAAUUCAGAUGGCCAGGGUGUUGCCAAGCUAGUCAGAGCUCAUCUCUCCCAGCCGGGGACUGAAGAUCAGGAAUGGAUGCUGAUCUUUGAGCCGCGUGAGGAGAUGAAGAUUUCUCCAGUUCCGUGCAAAAGCGAUAGCGGCACAUCUUCAGGGAGCAAUAAACCACCUGCCGCUGAAGUUCAUCACACCCUGUUUUGGACCUCUAGUGGUCCUUAGCCUGAACCAUGUCGGAGUUUCUCGUCGAAAUUAUUGCCUACCUCUCUGAACAGGUUUUAACUGCAAACAUUCCCUAAACUGGUGGGGAAACAUUAGGCGGCUUGUUUGAAAUUCAAAUCUUUUCCCCCUUCCAAACUUUGGGUAGACUUUCACAUUGGUUGGGCUUUCAGGCGGUAGCAGAUUUGGGGAUUUAGAGUUUUUGGGUUUCUCAGCAGUGUCACUAGCCCUGGAGAUCGAACGGCAGCUUUGAAUGUCAACAUUGCAAUUCUACCAAUGGUGAGAAAGGUUUCAGAACGUUGCUUUGGAGUGUGCUGUACUAAUAACAGAUUAUGAGAAGAAUA